AAAAAAAGAAGAAGAAGAAGUUCCGGUGCGGAAUAAUAACAACACGCAGAAGGAAGAAGCUAACAGGCUAGCAGCGCAGAUAAACUCACACCGAACAAACUAACUAACUCUGAGGUGGUGGUGGUGUUGUUGUGUGUGACGGGUAACGGGUAACGGCUCCUCUUCAGACCGAAGAAGAAGCGCUGAAACUCCGCCGAGAUGCCUGAGACUGAGAGUUACUCCAACCCUCUGGCUCCUGAAGGCCAUGAGGUGGACGACCACAGAUCAGCUGCUCAGUCCAAACUGACCAACGAUGACUUCAGGAAGCUGCUGAUGACGCCGAGGGCAACGCCAUCCUCGGCCCCCCCCUCCAAGUCCAGACACCAUGAAAUGCCCAAGGACUACAACGAGGAUGAGGAUCCUGCAGCGAGGCGAAGGAAGAAGAAGAGCUACUAUGCUAAGCUACGUCAGCAGGAGAUGGAGCGAGAGAGAGAGCUGGCGGAGAAGUACCGAGACCGAGCCAGAGAGAGAAGAGACGGAGUCAACAAGGACUACGAAGAGACAGAGCUCAUCAGCACCACCGCUAACUACAGGGCUGUAGGACCCACUGCUGAGGCAGAUAAGUCUGCAGCAGAGAAGCGUCGUCAGCUGAUCCAGGAGUCUAAGUUUUUGGGAGGUGACAUGGAGCACACUCACUUGGUGAAAGGUCUGGACUUCGCUCUGCUGCAGAAGGUGAGAGCUGAAAUCACCAGUAAAGAGAGAGAAGAAGAAGACAUGAUGGAGAAAGUCCAGAAAGAGGCCAAGAAAGACGUGGAGCCAGAGGAGAAGAUCGAGUUUAAGACUCGUCUCGGCAGGAACAUCUACCGCGUGGUGUUCAGGACCGGCGUGGUGGAGAGGAACGAGCUCUUCCUGCCCGGCAGGAUGGCCUACGUGGUGGACCUGGACGAUGAGUUCACCGACACCGACAUCCCCACCACUCUGAUCCGCAGCAAGGCCGACUGUCCCAGCAUGGAGGCUCAGACGACUCUCACCACCAACGACAUCGUGAUCUCGAAGCUGACCCAGAUCCUGUCGUAUCUCCGACAGGGAACCCGACACAAGAAGAUCAAGAAGAAGGACAAAGGUAAACUGGACGAUAAGAGAGCUCCAGAGGCUGAUCUCAGUUUUUUUGAGGACAUCGGGGACUACAUCCCGUCUGCCGGCUCGUCCUCCAAACCUCCCAAAGACAAAGACAGACACCGAGAGAGAGACCGGGAGAGAGAGAGGGAGCGAGACAGGGAGAGAGAGAGGGAGAGAGAACGAGAGAAGGAGAAGGAGAGAGAGAGAGAGGAGGACAAGAACAGAAGACACAGCUACUUUGAGAAGCCCAGAGGAGAUGACCACCAGGUCCUGGAGGUGGAUACAGGUCCAGCAUCAGUCAGAGAGCAGAUCAAGAUCAUCAACGAGAAGUUUGCCGGAGCAGUCGGCAGCCAAUGGCCGGGCCAGGAACCUGGUUCUCAGAGGAGAGACGGUAAAGAACAGUUGGGAGACUUCUUUGGAGGAUCCAACUCAUACGCUGAGUGUUACCCUGCUACGAUGGACGACCUGGCUGUGGACAGUGAUGAAGAGGUGGACUACAGUAAGAUGGACCAGGGUAAUAAGAAGGGUCCUCUGGGCCGCUGGGACUUUGAUACCCAGGAGGAGUACUCUGAUUACAUGAACAACAAGGAGGCCCUGCCCAAGGCUGCCUUCCAGUACGGCAUCAAGAUGUCCGAAGGCAGGAAGACUCGCCGCUUCAAAGAGACCAAUGAGAAGGCAGAGCUGGACCGCCAGUGGAAGAAGAUCAGCGCGAUCAUAGAGAAGAGGAAGAAGAUGGAGGCUGACGGGGUGGACGUGAAGAGGCCCAAGUACUGAAGCUGCUGCUGCCAACAGGACGUCCCUGUUAUCUCUCUGUUAUUAUUAGUUUAUUAGAUUAUUAGUUUAUUAGAUUAUUAGUUUAUUAGAUUAUUAGUUUAUUAGAUUAAUAGAUUAAUAGUUACAGGUGGACUGUGACCGUCGGUCAGCUUCUCUAGUUUUUACAUUCAGUCAAACAUGUUAAAGUGAAACCUGAUCUCUGAGAUAUCUGAAGUUAUUACAUCAUCAUUAAACAUCAAUGAAACCAA